UCCUGUCUGCCGCGCAGCUCUGCAGUGUUUCUCUCCCCCCUUAUCACUCCAUUAACACAUUUAUUCAAGCAAAAAAACCCUUUCAUCCUGACAUGUCGGCCGCCAGCACCGAGACCAGUGCCCCUCUGCCCACCGCAGGCAGCCGAGUCUUUUUCCAAGGUGCGCCCGGUGUGGGCUGCGUGAGCUCUGCUCCUAUCAACGGGGAGGACCCGGUGCAGAAGAAGCAGGGCAAAGUGACGGUCAAGUACGAUAGGAAAGAGCUGCGGAAGAGAUUGAACCUGGAGGAGUGGAUCAUCGAGCAGCUCAGCGAGUUGUAUGACUGUGAGGAGGAGGAGAUGCCAGAGGUAGAGAUAGACAUUGACGACUUGUUGGAGAUCAGCAGUGAUGAUGAGAGAGCCAGCAAACUACAGGAAUCACUAAUAGACUGCUAUAAGCCCACAGAGGACUUUGUCCGCGAGUUGCUGGGCAGGAUAAGGGGGAUGAGGAAACUCAGCGCUCCAACCAAGAAAGGCCUAUAAUGGCUUUCUUAUCAGUAUCAACCAGCCAUUAGCUUUCACUCCAGCUUUACCCACUUUCCUCAUACAACAUAAACUGCUAUAAUACAGAAUUAUUUAUCAAAACAUUAGGAAACCACCUAGCAUUACCAUCAUAAAUCACAAUAUCCAUAAUUUGGCAUUAGUCAUUCAUUAUGAAGCACAGUGAAUUAUCACGAUAACAUAAGACUGUUGAGAGAUAUCUACGCACAAAAGAAAAAACGGUGUUUGUUUUUUCAAUGACAGAAUAAAAUGUUAAGCCCAGGAAUGUGCCCAGACUGCAAGUACGUUCAUAACCAGAACAUUACCACUCAGAUCAUGUUAGGUUCUCAUUUUUAACACCAACCUUGCAGAGAAAAAAAGAGCUUCAACAUAAAAAAAAGGAUAAAAAUAAAAUUCA